GCCCGGCCCGCCCCGCGGCGGUGACCGGCCGCGCCGAUGGGGCUGCGGGCCUGGCUGCGCUCGCUGUGCGGCUGCUGCGGCUGCUGCGGCGGGGAGGUGGCGGUGGCCGAGAAGGAGCCCUUGCUGAGUAACAACAACCCCUACGCCUCCUUUGGAGCCACACUGGCACGGGAUGAGGAGCAGAACCUAUGGAGCACCCCACAUGACGUGACCCACACGGAGGCAGAUGAUGACCGGGUGCUGUACAACAUGAUUGUGGUCAGGAACCAGCUGGACAAGGACUCAGAGGAAUGGCAAAAGCUCAACUAUGAUAUUUAUACCUUACGGCAGACCCGAAAAGAAGUGAGAAGCAGGUGGAAACACAUUUUGGAGGAUUUGGGUUUCCAGAAGGAAGCGGACUCUCUCUUGUCAGUGACCAAACUCAGCAUCAUCAGUGACUCUCAGAACAUGAGCAAAGCCCGAGACAUCUUGUUAAAGCUCUCUGAAGAGACAAACAUCUUCCCAACCAGCUGGGAGCUUUCUGAGCGCUACCUCUUCGUGGUGGAUCGGCUCAUAGCCCUGGAUGCUGCCGAUGAGUUCUUCAAGAUGGCCAGCAUGGUGUAUCCGAAGAGACCCAGUGGGGAAAGAGUGGACGAUGGCCAGAAGGCCCUGCAGUGCACCUCUGUUGUGAUGCCCUGAGGAACCUGCCUUGCUGGCACAAGAUGGAUAGCGAGUUUCUUCCCCUCCGGGACCAGGCUCCUCUGCCGAGGGGUUAGCACAAGUAGUGCUGCUCCUUGUUUUCCUGCAGAGAAGCAAGUGGGCCGGCCGGAGCAGAGCAAGGAGGUCAGUGAGCUGCGCCCCACCAGGAGGGCACAGGAAGGCGGAUGCUGGCCCUAAGGUCCUCCCGAGCAGAAGGGAGCAAGAACUGCUGUAGUGUAGCCCUGGCAGGAGAGCACUAGCCGAGUAGCGUAUGCGAUAGGCACGGGAAGAACCUGCCACGCAAGGCGUUGCUACCAGUAGCUGCAGAAGUUGAGACGCCUCUAGUUACAAGCACUGCGAGGAGAUCCACGUUUCCACCAUCCACUGGUACCUGCCACCGUCCCCUCCUUCAACCCUGAUAGCCAGGAGGAUGAGAGAGGGAGGAAAAAUACUGCAGUCUACAACUCCAUGACGUUUCUCUGUGCGUUGCUCCUCUUCCUCAACCCCAGCCCACGGCAGCCCCACAACGCAAUCUCAGGGGAUUCAGCAAAGAGGAGCAACACUCUCCAGGAGAAGAGUUAAUGCCCUGGCAAUGCCUUGGUGCAGUGCCACAGUUGGGUGCUCUAUCCCGAGCCAUUAGUGGUUUGGAGGUGUUUGUGUUGGGGCUGCUCAGCUUGACAGCUUAAAAGAAGGUAGAAUUUAGGAAGGUGCCAAGGCCAGAGCUGCUGAGAAUUUGGCUCCUGUGUUAUCCUCAGAUUGGUUGCCCAACAUCUUAAUUCACUUCUGAAAGUUUUGGUCUUAAUUACAUAAACAAACCCCACUAUAAAGCUGCAUGUCCUGUCAGUAUAUACUGUCCCUGCUGUUAAUGAGGAUUUUUAAUGAACAUCCUUUAUAUCUUGGGUUUCGUCUAAUAAUGAGCAAUAAUUUUAAAACACUGGAUUUGAUCCUUUAAAAACAGGUGGAAGUUCUUCACUGAUUAACACAUGUGCUGCUAAUUGGCCAGUUGAAAAUACUGGUUACACAGGACCUCCCAAAAUAGCAAACCAGAGCUUUUAUUUGUUUAUACCUACAGUGUUUGGAAUAUAUAUAAAUAUAUUUAUGAAUUGCUUCUGUUUGUCAGUCUUGCUGGGAAACAUUUUUGUCAACUCAGGACAUCAGUGAAAACUGAGUUUAAUAAACAAGACACGUUACAAAACUAAUGUUUCUUAUUGUCUGUAACCCUAGUCAGGCAGCAGCAUUUAUCUUGACUGCAGAUAGCAAAGUAGUUGGGGUAUUUGUAGAGCAUACGCUUCAGCGACCUGUUCUCCACACACGUCCAAUUGCCUGUUGACUUGAAGAGUAGGGUUGUUUGCCAGCCUAAGACCAAAAGUCU